AUGGCCACCGGGGAAGAUGAGGACGAUGAUGGCCAGAGAGAGUCUCCAAAUCCAUACAAUUAUCUCAAGGAUGUGAAUUUGGGAGUAAAUAGCUUACCAGAGUUUAAAGAAUUAGCUCUCGGAACAGUUACAAGGGUGCAGAGCAGCCUCUUCUACCCCGCCCCUCACCCGAGCACUGGCUUUCCGGACAGCGCCUGGGUGCAAAGCAGGGACAGAAGCCCCGCCCCUUUUGACCGCACCCAGCCCCCACCUCUCAGGCUCCGCCCCAUCCUCUCCUGGCCACUCCCCUGCUCCCGCCCCCUUCCCUCGCUGUCCCGGAGCUUUGGCCCCGACGGUGCUGGCAGAGCCGGAGCGAGCGGUGGCGGCCCAGAGGCUCCGCUGCCGGCCCCGCCAUGGUCUCGGCUCCGCGCUGCUCGCUCUGGGGGCUCCUGGCGCUGCUGCUGCUGCCCCUGCCCGGGGCUCGCGGUGAGUGGGCGGGGCUCGCCAAGACUCAGUCGUGCCAUCCCCCAUGAUAUUAGUCGCACAGAAGGCUUCCCUAUUGGCACAGAAGUGACCUACAGGUGCUUUAAUGGCUUUGUUAAAAUCCCUGGAAAGUCGGACACUGUCGUUUGCCUUUCAAACUCAGAGUGGUCAGCCUUUGGAGAAUUUUGUGGUGCUAGCUGUGGUGCCCCACCAAGGAUCAGAUCUGCUGUCUUAAGUGAGGAAGAUGAGAAGAAGAAUUACUUUCCUAAUGGGACCACUGUGAGUUAUGUCUGUCGCCCAGGAUAUGAGAGCACCAAACUGAGACCUGUCAUUACUUGUCUUGAGAAUUUAACAUGGUCAGAAGCCCCUGAGUUCUGUAGAGGUCUGUGUGGGCCCCUGCCAAGGUUCAGUCAUGCCGUCCCCCAUGAUACUGAUCGCACAGAGGGCUUCUCUAUCGGCACACAAGUUACGUACAGGUGCCACGAUAGCUUCGUUAAAAUCCCUGGAAAGUCAGACACUGUCGUUUGCCUUUCAAACUCCAAGUGGUCAACCGUUGGAGAGUUUUGUGGUGAUCAUGUCUUUUUGCUAGCUGCCUGUGGUGCCCCACCAAGGUUAAAAUCUGCUGCCUUAAGUAAGGAAGAUGUGACGAAGAAUUACCUUCCUAGUGGAACUACUGUGAGUUAUGUCUGUCAUCCAGGAUAUGAGAGCACCGAACUGAGACCUGUCAUUACUUGUCUUGAGAAUUUAACAUGGUCAGAAGCCCCUGAGUUCUGCAGAGGGAAAUCUUGUGGUGUUCCAAAAGGACCAGAGCAUGGCAGAGCUGUUGUUAUAACCAAUGACCUGUAUGGUGCAAGAGCAAACAUCAUUUGUGAUGACGGGUUCAGAUUACAUGGGCGGACUUUCAUCCAAUGUCUGUUGAAGGGAGAUCAAGUUGAAUGGCAUCAACUUCCAACUUGUGAAGCAAUUACUUGUUCUCCUCCUCCUAAUAUUGCCAAUGGGAUGCAUAAUGGCAGCAACGUGGAAAUCUUUGUCUAUAACUCAUCAGUAACUUACAAAUGUGACCAUAAUUACUCACUCACUGGAGAGGCCUCCAUUCACUGUACAGCUAAAGAUAACAUCAGUGGAGUCUGGAAUGGGUCUGCCCCUGAAUGCAAAGGCAUUUGUGAUUCUCUUCCAAGAUUGAGUUUUGCUGAGCUGCCUGGGGUAGUGAACAAUUCCUAUCCUGUUGGGACCGAACUGAAAUACUCCUGUCGCCCAGGAUAUAUAUUGGUCCCUGGAAGGUCUCCUGUAGUUACAUGUCUUGCAAAUUCAACAUGGUCAGUAGACCCUGAAUUUUGUGUUGGUCAGCGUGGGCCCAACCAAAGGCUCCAUUGUGUUGUCCAUGAUACUAAUCUCAUAGAGCGCUUCACUACCAACAGAGAAGUGAUAUGUUCUGUGCUGAACACUGCUGGCAACUCUGCUGAGCCUGAAGGUGGAGGGCCUGGCUUUGAUACACGCAUUGGCAUUUCUGCCAUCGCCAUCGCCUUUGCCAUUAGUGUUAUCAUCAUCGUUUAUAUUCGAAAAUACCAAAAGAAAAAAUGUUCUUACAGUGUAAAACCGGAUUCCUCAAAGCAUCAAAUUACCACAGAACACGAUUUCCAUAUGAAUGAAUCAAAAUGUAAUUUGAUCUUCAAAGUAUAAAUGACUGAUGCUGGCUGAUGGCUGUGGUUUACACAUUAACAGACAUUGGAAGAAAACAUGGAAAAAUUAAGAGAUAAAUGUCGUACAUUUGUACUGAAAUUUCUGUAGUAAAAAUAGAGCCCUCUCAGGUAACUGUUGUUACUUUCGCUACAACUUCUUUCCUCUGUUGAGCUGCAUUUGAGUAAAGCAGAAAGACCAGAGGUGGAUCAUUGCUCUUGCCCUUGAAAAUGGCUUCUGAAGCCAGCAAGGCCGUUGGCAGCAUCAAAAUUACUUGCUCUUCUGAACAUGCACCUGGUUCCUUAUUAGGCCUCUCCAUAGCACUAAAUGUUUCCCCUUAAAGAACAUAGUCACCAUCAGAGCGUGGCAUGGUUUGAAUUGUGAGUUGUGGCUGUAACUGCAGACAGCAAGAGAGAGCCUCUUCAAAUCCCUACUUACAAGCUUCCAUCAUGGAGUGUGUAUUACUCUUUAAAGACAAAUUUAAAGAUGCCAGACACUAGGUGGAAUAUUGUAGAUUCUUCAUAAAAACAUCCAUCCUGGGUCAGACCAAUGGUCCAUCUAGCCAGGUGCUUCAAAGGGAAUGAGCAGAACAGGGCAGUUAUCAAGUG